AUUACCUACAGUUUUCCAUUGUGAGAUGUGGGAAGAAUGCAGUAAUAUAUGUGUCUGUUCAAUACACCAUGGAGGUGUUGAUACGGAUUGUCAGAGAGAGUACCUGUUGACCAGACCACUACUCGCAGGCUAAUUAUAUAAUUAUGUUAGGACUAAUUCCGGAUAUGUGAUCAUCAAAUUCCAAUGAGAAUCUCAUAUGAAACUAUUUCAAUAGACGUACGUGUAACUCAGCGAUGUAACACAAUUCACACACACCUUUAUAAAAAAAAGGAGAGGGACAUCAGUGAGCGGGCGACCGAUACUAUACCUACAGUUCUACUAUAUAGACUUGUACUUUGACGAAGAUGCAGGCGAAAACACGGCAAAGUAAGGAACUUGUAGGGAACGUUACCAUACUGGUGGGGAGGAAGACCCAACAGUUAGGGAAUAAGAUCGGUGACAGGAAAACCGUGAGGCAGAAUGGAGAAAAGAAGGGAGGAAGAAAGUACUGUGUCUGUAACCCACGAGGUGAAGUUAGGAAUCCUUUUGGAAGUUUGAUCCGCUGUAAAACAUGUGGCUGGUUGGUCUCUGUGUCACUUCCUGUCCAGAAAAGCGACAACAAUCCUACUCCUAUAAUGACUCAGACCUGGGGAUACGGUAACAAUAAUGGACCAUUAAAAUGGUACCAGUUUUACGCCAUUGCCAAGGAAGGCAAACGUCAGUCUCCAAUUGACAUCGUGACUGCUAAGGCCGAAUAUGACCCAGAACUGCCAUCACGGCCAUUCCUGGUGAAUUACCAGUGUGAGAAAAACAUGGAACUGGAGAACAACGGCCACUCGGUCAAGGCACAGAUGAAGGAAAGAUCCGAGUUGAGCGGGGGGCCUCUGAAGGGCAUCUAUCUGUUGGAGCAAUUUCAUCUCCACUGGGGUGCAGAGAACGGUAAGGGAUCCGAGCACACCAUCGACGGGGAGAAGUAUGACGCUGAGCUUCAUCUUGUCCACUAUAACUCAAAAUAUGGAAGCUUCGCAAAGGCCGCUGAUAAAGAGGACGGACUUGCUGUCUUCGGAUUCAUGGUGAAGGUCGGAAAGAGUCACGAAGGCUUUGAAAAGAUUUCAAAUGAUCUCCAGAAUGUAAUGGCGAAGGGGAAAAAGUCUACAUUGGAUUCCUUUAACCCAAGAUGUCUGUUUAAUGAUCCGUCAUCUUACUGGACCUACAUGGGCUCCCUCACCACUCCUCCACUGUACGAGAGUGUCAUCUGGAUUGUGUUCAAGUCCCCUCUGGAGAUAUCACAACAGCAGAUGGAUUCCCUCCGGUCGCUUAAAGAUUCUGAUGGCGAUAAAAUUGUCAACAACUACCGACCCCCAUUACCAGUAGGAGACAGGAUAGUCAACUGCUCAUUCCAUUAACUUUGCUGUCUACGUCAUCUCAUUGCGAUGUUUACUUCAUUGUGGUAAACGUCACAGUGGUUUCAGCGUCACUGUUGUGUAGAUGUGCCUAUUUUUGAGUGUUGAAUACGUCAUUAUGUGAAGUGUACACGUCAUUACAUAUGGUGUAUACGUAUUACAACACUUUAGAUAGGACCAAGCAUUCUUUACUAUCAAGGUCUGAGGUUACAUCUCUCUGUGUAUUUAUGAGACAAGGCGUCGCUGUGAUUCAAGUAGCCAUGCAACAUGUGACUGUUGAAGGAACGUUUAUGACUUCUGGGACCUGGUCAAUAAAUGACCUGGAAUUAUUCACAUUAAGAAUAUUUGCGUGCACGCUGUUAUAAUCACGGAUUACUGGAAAGAUGUGUAGUAUCAGGAUAAUUUAUCAAACGCUUUCUUAACAUUCUCUCAGCUUAAUAUAGACUUUUAGUUCUGCAAUAUUGUUUGUUUUAUAGUUUAAAUCACUAGUACAAACUAUCAUUAUGUGAAUAUAUUUGUAAGUUAUUUGUCAACAUGACAAAAAUGGCUUUUUAAACAUUCAAAUGAUAAUGGAGUGUAUCAGCUUGAGUCUGUUCAACCAACUUACGUAAAUUUAUCAUGAUCAUUAAACAAAGAUGUUAAUUAGCUGUAAACCUUCAUUAAGAAUGAACAGUCUGUCAUACAUCCAAUCAAAGGAUGGAAUAAAACAAGAUAGGAAACUAAUUAUAACUACAACGCAUAUAAAUGUACGAUGCGUAUUACAAAAACUAAUUGGAUAAAUUUAUUCUCUGCAUUAUACUGCAUUUUUCAUUUGACGUGAAGCUAGUUUCACGGGUGGUAGAUUCACUCUCAAUGUGCAUAUGGCUUUACAUAUAUAUUUCAGUUCACUUCUAGCAUCAGGGAGAGUGUAAUGAUUUUACAACCCGACUACAUAACGCAGUGCAAUGCUAGUCUGUUGUAUCGCAGUGCUUGACGUUAUUUACUGUAAAUUAUAAAAUCUUUAUGCAAAAUAUUUUGCUUUGUUUCAUCUUCAGAAAAAAAUGUGUCGAAUAAAAUCCAGUUUACUUGCAUCUUGAAUAGUAUCCCUGGUUAAAACUAAAUAAAAUAAGUGUGACCAGACUCCGUUGUACAAAUACAGUAAGAAUUUUUAAAAUAUUGUUAUGAUGUCCGAUGCUAUUGUUAUUUUUGUUUAUAUCGCCCAGCUAGAGGAUUAAAGUGCUUUUAUAUAUUGAAAUACGAUUUUCCGAAAAAUGUCAAUCUUGAGUUAUCGUCAGUAUAUAAAAUUGAACGGACAUCUUUUGUUAAAUUUUAUAUUAUUGUUAAGUUGAAAAGCAGAUAUGUGAUUAAAGUAAUUAUAUAUAUAUAUAUAUCUAUGUACAUACGAUAUGUAUUUUAUCCUCAGAAUAAAUGAGAAAGAAUUUUAA